AUGGAGCCCGCCCUGGCCAUGCAGUCGACCUUGUUCGCCUUCUCACACCUUCUGGCUGCGCAGACGCAGGCGCCGGACAGCAGGCUGGGGUCGCUGGUGCCGCGGGACUCCGGCAGCUCGGCCGCGGGGCUGGGCAUCGAGCCCGCCAUGCAGAGCACGCUGUACGCCUUCUCGCACCUGCUGCGCAACGCGGCCUCCAGGGAGAGCCUCGCCUCCGCGCCGUCGUCCGUGUCCCCGCCCCCGGGCUCGCCCGGCCUGGGGGCGGGGGGUCUGGGGGCCGGGCUGGGGGCGGGCCUGCUGCUGCCCAACUUCACCCUCCACCUGCACCACAAGCCGAGGGCGUCCUUCAGUUUGUCCGCGUGCCGCCUCACUGCGCCGCUGCAGCACUGGAAGCCCCGAUCCAAGUCUCAGGCCAACAUUGCCUGCAACGUGGACACUGACAGCUUGGUGGUACCCGACAAUUUGUUCUCUACGCUGCGGCAGUCCAACAAGCGGCGCUCCAAGUCCCACGCCAACAUCGCCAAGGCCGUCCACAAGGACACUCCCGAGCAGGAGAUCCUCGCCUUUCAGAAGCAACUGCAAAACCUACCCGAUUUCGACUCCCCCGAGCACCCGACUGGAGGGACGGCUUCCUCCGACCCGGUGACGGCGGCGGCCGAGUUCCUGGCCAACAGGCCGUACCUGCGGCCGCGGUCGCGGUCCAUGCCGCGGGUCACCUACGAGUCGUCGCGCUACCUGACGCUGCCCGAGGAGUGGAUGCGCGAGUCGCGCGUGGAGCUGGAGCGCAACGCCCCGCUGUGCAGGGAGGUGCGCGACUUCCAGGCCAAGGUGCAGGCGUGCGGCCCGCCCUACCAGCAGUGGUGCGCCGAGCUGCGGGCAGAGUUCCCGGCACUGGCGAAGGACCCCGACCACGAGGACGAGGAGGACAAGGAGAGCACCAACCGGCAGUACUGCCACCUGGUGCAGCUGGUGGUGGGGGGAGACCUGCCAUGCUCCAAGGAGGACGCCGCCGCCCUGGCGGGCAUCCAGCUGCGCCUGGAGGAGUCCUGGGGCCGCACCACCACCAAGGACACGGGGCCCAUGUCGCCCGUCGAGGCCAGCGCGCUCAGGACCAUCUCCGAGGACAAGGUGAGGGAGCGGCGCGGCAGCGCGGCGGCGGAGGUCAAGCUGGGCGUGAGGCAGACGGCUUGUACCUAG